UUUUUUAAAGUUUAAAAAUAUUUUAUCUUUUAAUUUCUGUAUCUUGUGUUAUAAUUUUUUUUUUACCCUUUUUUUCUCAGGUAUUGGUUGUAAUCAAUGUUAAUAUUAAUUUAAAUUAAUAAUGGAACAUAAUGUGCAUCAAAUAAGCAAUGCUGUAAUGAUUAAUUCACUAGAUACUAUAAUCGAACAAGAAAGUUGGAAACUUGAGAUGGAUAAAAACACUGGUUUGCUAGCAACAAAAUCAAAAGUAAUGAAUGUAAUAUGUUAACAAAUAUUGGAAAUUACUUAUUUUAUUUAAAUUGUGUUAUAUAUGUCUAUUAGAAUAUUAGUUAAUUUCUCAUCUAGAGUUUUUAAUAAUAUAAUUUACCUACUCUACUUACAAUCUACCUAUUUAACUGUACCUAUGUGUUUUAUUAAGCGUAAAGCUACCUACUUUAAAUAUAUAGCUUAAAAUAAUUUUAGUAAAUAGUAUUAAAAUAUAGGUUAUUCAAAUAUUUAUGCUGGAAAAUAUUUGUAUUAUAUAAUUUUUAUAUGAAAACUAUCGAUUCUAUGUUUUCUGGUUUUGUCAAUUACGCCAAUUUUGGGAGAAUAGGUAGGUACCUAUGUUAUAUACAUCCAUUUUGUAGAUCCAAAAAAGGUAUACAUCAAUUGUGCCAGAUCAUUUUAAAAUAUAUCAAUUGUUAAAAAUUGUAUGGAUGUUGCUACUUGUAUUGUAUUUGAAUGUUUUUUUUAUUGUUGUUGCAAAUUGUAAUGUCAAUUUUUACUUAUCUAAAAAAUAUAUUGAAAAAUGCAUAGGUAUUAAAAAUCUAUAUAAAUGUAGAUAUUUAUUUAUGUUAUUUACGUUUUAUUUGUUUUUAUACUUUAGAUUUUUAAUCUUUUUUUUUUAUUUCUCGAUAAUGUUCAUUCUUAUGUAUGACUGAAGUUGAAUCAUUUUCAAAAAUAUUAAGGAUGCGGUAAAUACAAAUAUUUCCAAAAUACUAAGUGAAACGGUUCACAGGCUUUGUAGUUCUUUCACUUAAUAUACCUGAUUAUGUGAUGCCCAAAGAUACAGUGAAAAAGUUGCAUAUAUAUAUUAACGAGAUAAUCACAAAAGUAUACUUUUCAAAUUUUUAUAUACCUAUUUAUAAAUCAAUCAGUGCAAAUGAUAUAAAACAAUAUAAUACAUUCAAAUAUUGAUUAACGCAUAUAAUGUUUAAUUUUUUUCUAAUAAUUAAUUCCUAAUUAUUCUAUAGUUUUACAUUUUUACCUGUGAUUUCCGGUGCAAUUGAUAUAUCUUUAACUUUUCAAUAUGCAGAAUAAUAUUUUAAUUGUAGGUACUAUUGUAGUUUUAUACAUUUUUAAUGUAAGUAAAUACUGAAAUAUAUCCAUAGUUUAGAUGUAUUAAUAAUUGAAAGUGAUUCCUUAUUAACUUGGUCAAAUUAAUAAUAAUUCACAUACCUUUAUAAGUAAUUAGAUAAUUUUUUUGAAAAAUAUCUUAAAUUCUAACAUACCUACACCUAAUCCAAUUAUCUUUAAUACACUCGCUGUUGUGUUAGUACAUACCUAAUUGACUAUUCAGUUUUUAAGACUGCUAACCUCCACCAAUACAUUGAACAUUUAAACAACAAACCCUGACACUGCCAAAUAUCUAGGCCUAACCAUUGACGAAUGCCUAAAUUGGGCCAAACACAUUCACCCAACCUAAUUAAAAUUAAAUAGACAACUUAACCUACUCAAACCCAUCCUAGGCAAAUUCUCUAAAAACUCUUUCAAAACCAAAGUACAAGUCUUUAAUUGCUUAAUUUAACAUGUAUGAUUGUUUGGUAUUUAACACUGAAACACUAAAAUACUAACAUACAAAAAAAUCCAAAUAUUCUAAUUAAAAACUCAUUACUUAUUAAAACUCAUAAAUUAUAGCUAAUGCUCUUCCCAUACAUCUGAAAUUGUACUCUUCACACAGAUUUUUAUAUUUCUACAGUUACUAAAACAGCUAAGCUACUCUAAAUGUAUAAAUUGCCUUAAAAAUCAUACUAAUUCCCUUGCCCAAAAGCUAUUAUCUAUCUACAUUUCUGAAAUCCCUGCAGGAUGCUCAGGUGGCAAUGGCCCCAAAACCUUGUCAAAUAAAUUUAAAAACAAAUUCUUAAUUACUUUUAGUUCAUGCCUAAAGACCAUAACUGGUUGGGUUUCCCCAAGUCUUAUUGUAAUAUAUGUAUAAAUAGAUUGUAUAAUUAUAUAAAAAAAAAAAAACAAAUUUUUAAGACAAAAUAAUAUUAUAUACCUACAAAAGCUACAAUUUACAAUGUAUAACAUUGAUUUUAGUUAAAAAAACAAAAUUAUUUAAUUUAGGUAUUAUAUUUAUAUAAUAUAUAUCACAUUAUUUAUGUGGUUUUUGUGUUUUUUUUUUUUUAAACAAGUUUAAUUGUUCAUAAAUUGUUUAUUAAUGGAAUUAUUUAACAAAGUAAUAUUAUUUCCAGAUAAAUCAAUCAGCAAAACCAAACACAAAUACAGUCUCUCAAAGUAUAUCUCUUAAAAGUCAUUCAACAAAACUAAAUCAAUCAUGUGAUCGUACAACUGAAAUUGAUAGGUUGGCAAACUUAUUUACACAUUCACCUAGUUACUUUACAAAAAACAGUAAUGAUAAUAGAUUUGAUGUCAAAAAUAACCAAAUGUUAUUGAAUGAGAAAACGGCUACACAGACACACAAUGUAAGUACUUGGCGUUACCAUUAAUAUUAAAUUGAAGUAUAAUUAAUGAUUUUUAGGUCUUGCAGUGAAUAUUUAAAAUUAUAUGGUAAUGUAAACACAUUUAUUUUAUAAUGUUGAGUACACUGAAUGUCGUUGUACUGAAUACAUAAUAUUAUGUGUUUAUAAUAAAUGUAACAAAAUUAUCUGUUUUCAGGUAUUUUAUAACUACAAUAAUGUUUUAAUAAAUACAGAAAAUAGAGAAAAUUUAGUGUCUCCAGAUAUCAAGGUAUUAAUUAUUAAUAUUUUUAUGAUUAAAUUUUGUAAUUUGUAUAGUAUUUGUUUAAAUUAUAUAAUGAAUCUGUAGUUAAAAAAAAAAGAAAAUGUAAUUUAUUUUAAGGUGAGAAGAAAUGUUCGAUUUGGAGAAUAUUCACCGCUUAAUCCAGCCAAUCAAGUAAAUUCACAACCUUAUUUAGGCAUUGGAGAAUAUGAAAAUAAAAGAAAAAAAAUAUUAGAGUUACAAAGAAAGGAAUAUAUAGAACAUUUAUCUAAAGUAAAUGUUCAAAAUAAUUAAUUAUUUUUCUAAUUUAUAGAUUAUAAAAUUAAUAAUAAAAUAUAUAACUUUUAUAGUCGAAACAAAAAAAUAAUGUAUCAAAUUUACCAAAAUUGCCAGCUUUUUCUUGUAAUGAAGCAUUUAAAUCUGCAAUGGUAAGUAUUUUCUGUAAUACACAAAAAAAAUGAACAAUCGCUUAGUCUUCAAGAUUAUCUUAGUUUUUCAUCAAACCCGAUAUAAACACUUACCCAGACAUUUUUCAAUGGCUCUAUUUACAAUGUUGAAGCUCAUUUAAAGUAUCAGCCAAAAUAUUUUUGAAAGUUUCUCCAAAAAAUUCUUGGGUAGGAUAUCUAGUAUGGUUAAUUUCUGUAAUAAACCUAACUAUAAUAUUACUAAAGCAACAAAUUAGUUGUCUAAAUAUUUUUUUUUUGGUCUACUCUACUCCUUCGUUCAAUAUAAAAUUAAAGAGUUAAGAGAAUUUUAGAUGUUUGGAAUUUCACACUAUGCGUAGUUUUCUGUGACAUCUUAUAAAUGGACUGUAUACGCAUUACAGUAAGUUUUCCUUUGGUACUGAUGGUAUAGCAGUUGAUUUUUUAUUUAAUCUGACGAACAUAAUUAUAUGGCCUGUUUUUCAUAAAGUCAUUGACAAUUAUCCAUUACUUUAAAACCAAUUCUAAAAUUCGGUAAUUUGUUAAUAUGGUUGAAAAUUAGAGGCCAAUCAUAACUAUUUACUUUAUGAUAUAAUUGUUGAGUAUUUUGGUUCCUAUCAUUUUGUUCUGCUUCUUUGGUUAUAUUAUGUACAAAUUUCCUUUUUUCGUACCUUAUAAUAUUAUGAGCUUCCUUUCUGCUUGAUCUAAACAAAAUUUCUUUUAGAUUCUGAGCGCAACAAAGAAUGAAUUGAUUUUAUAAUGUUUAUUUAUUUUAAUUUUAUUUUUUUGUUUCUUUGAACAACUUUUAUACUAGUAAUUUUGCUUCAAUUUUUAGGUGUAGAACUUUUUCAAAAUCGCUCAGAAUCGUUUUUUCCAUAUCCAUAUCUUUUUUAAUAUUAUUAAUAUAAUUUUGUCAUGUUUUUCUAACUAUUUUUCUCUUACUCAAUGCUUCUUGGCAUAUUGUGCUUGAGCAUCUUAGUUAACUAAUUUAUAUCCUAACUUAUUUCAGUUAUAAUAUAGCAUUGAGUUAAUGACUAUACUAAUGGUAUUUGUACAUUUUGAUCAGAAAUAUAUACUAGGUAUUUAAUAAUUUUAAUCAUUUUUGUUAUAGGAAAAUAAUAGUAAUUCCAAACAAAUUAAAUUAGGUGACAACAUAGAUUGUAAGUAUUUAAUUUGUAUAAAUAUUUAUUAGGAUGUUAUAAAAACAAUUGUUUUGUUUAGUGCACCAAGAAGACACAAUACAAAUAGUUCCUCCAUUUGUAGAUGGUGUUGAAUCAUGUGCAUGUUAGUUACUCACCAAUUACAUUGAAUUUUUCAUUAUAUAUUUAAUAUUUACAUUAAUAAAUGUGUAUUUAAUUUAAAACUUAGUCAACGAAGAACAGAUAAAAGAUGCAAAUAAAUUAAAGCAAGAACUCUAUAGAUUUGAAUUAAGUAAACAGAUAGAGGAGAAAAAGAAAUACGAAUUAGAAAGAAAACAUAAAGAACAAAUGGAAGAUGACAAAAUUGAAAGAGCAGCAAGAGAUCAGGAAAACAAAAUAAAGAGAGCAUAUGAGAAAGAAGCUGAGAAACGAAUUAUGGCUCAAAUUCAGGUUUGCGUUAUAUUUUUAAACAGUUAAUUACUGUUCAUACAACUUAUAUUGAUCUAAAAAGUAGUAAAGCUCGCAGUUAUCGACCAAACUAAAUAAACUUCAACACUUAUAAGAAAAUACAAGAUUUAUCAACAAAUUGUUUAUGGAAAAAGAUAUGCAAUUAGUUAAAAUAAAAUUCUAUUAGUAUAUAUAAUUUACAUAUGUGACAUAUAAUGGACUGACAUUUCUUAGAUGAAUUCUAAAGAAACAUACAUUAUAUGAAAAUUAUAUUUUUUAUUUAUUGAAAGUACAUAUAUUAAAAUUUUUAGUAAUGUUUUAAAAAUUAUAUCUUACAAAUAUUGACUUUGAUUGGCAAUACACAUAAUAUGGUGUAGUUCUCGGAAGUUUUUCAUUCUUUGUCUUUAGCAUGACCUCCUUGUCCCCUUGUGACCAUUUCCUAUGAGAAUACCUUAAAGGUUUUUAUUGUCAUCUAACCCUUAAAGAACUUCAAGCUAUUUGUGAAGCAUUUCUCAAGUUAUGCUAAAGAGAGACAAGAGUGAUAUAAAACUAUCAGGAAUCCAUAUUUGCAUCGACUAUCAAGACCAACAUUUCAACGAUAUAGUUUUUAAAAAUUAGAUAAACCAAUCCUUACUAUAUGUACUUUAAACAAAUAAAAAGUUUUUCUUAUCCAAUUUAUUUAGAAUUUACCUCAGAAUGUGAAAGUCCAUUAUGUUGCAUUUUUUACUGUUCAUUAUAUAUUAUAGAUCAAAUUAAUGAUUAUAUUAUAUUAAUGCAUUCUAGAAACAACUUCAACAAGAAAAGUUAAAUCAUGAAAUAAUGCAAAAGCAAAAGGAUUUGGAAAAAAAAUCUUGGAGUAUGCCAUCAGUUACAGUUCCUCGGCAAGAAAAUAUUAACGAUAAAACAAUGCAAAAGCAAAAUGAUUUAGGAACUAAAUUAUGGAAUAUGCCAUUAGAAACACUUCCUCAACAAGUUACAAAACAUGUACAGAGUCGUGGGGAUUUGUUUGAAAAUUGUGAUACAGAAGAGUUUCACUGUCCUCAGAGCUCUUUUGAUAAUGUACCUUUACCAACUACACGUGUUCGAGUACCUAGAAAAGUAUUUCAAUUGUGUUAUUAUUACUAUUAUUAUUCAUGAUUCUGUUUGUAGAUGGUACAAUAAUUUCAUUUUAGAUCACUUAUGACGAAGAAACUGAUAUUGUUGAUAUGAAUGUAUCAUGUAGUGAAGAUAUAUUUGAAAAACCAUGUAUUUCCCCUCCGGAAAUUGUAAGACAAAAAAUGGAAAGAGCACAUGUGUCUUUUGCCAGCGAUUCUCCUAUGAAAAUUAAAGAGCAUAAUCCUGCUGCUUUACUUCCAGUAACUAAAAAUGUCAUUAUUGAUUCUCCACUUACUCUUGCAUUGGCUGGAAUGGGUGAUAAUGUAGAAGACUUUGAAAAUGUUGAAUCGAUUGAGCCAAUUGAAGGAACUUAUAGAAAUCCGGUAAAAUAAAUGAUUAGUUUUUAAUUAAAAAAAUUAAUUUGAUUAAUAUACAAAUUUAAAUAAGGUUUGAUAAUCAUGUACCUAUGAGUUAUUAAAUGAUUUAUUUUUAUAAUUGAAAUUAUUACUUUAUUUUAUAUUUGACAUUUGGUGCAUCAUAAUGUAUGAACAAAUAUGUUUUAAUGGGUAUACUUAUGUGUACAGGACAAUAAUUCAAAAUGGUAUUAUCCUCGUAAAUAAUGUAAGUAAUAAAUUUCAAUUGAAUAACUUUAUGUAGUACCUAUAGGUUUAGAAUAGAAUUUCCUGACUUUUGAUACCAUAAUGGUUUAUAGUCGUAGACCAUCUAGAUUUGCUCGAUUUUUUUGAAAUUAGCUUUAUUUGAAAAACAAUAGAUCGUUAGAUAGAUAGUACAAAUAAAUUACACAUAGGCCAACAAACAAAAUGUAUCACCACUGUCAAUAAAGCCUUUGAAUAACUAAUAAAAAUGCAUUUCAUCAAUUUUUCAAUAUUCAUUUAUACUUCUAUUUCAUUUAUGUUGAUUUUAAAUUUUCAAUUCCUAUACAUCUUGGAGAGUGAAUGUAAAAAAAAGUACUAUAAAUUCAUAAUUAUUAUUACAUUAGUUUUAAACUAAUUAAACAAAUAGCUGCUUGAUAAUUGUAUAACUGGUUGUUGUAUACACAAAUUUUUUAAUUUUUAGAUUGAAUGUGCUCAUUUUUAUGGAAUUCAACUAAUCUUAACAAGAACAAUUUUUUAUUACUUAUAUAAUUGUCAUGAUCAUUUAUAAAUAAUAAUAAUACUUAUGAAGUAUUUAUAUAGUGCAGUACAGCAAGUGUUAUGUAAUUUAUUACAAUUUUUUUUUUUAAAAUACAUUUCUAGAUCUCUAAAAAGAUGUUACUAGGAAAUAGUCACAAGUUACCUACUGACAAGCACCUGAUAUCAAACUUGGGAAACAUAAGGAAACAAUUGGAUAUUGAACAUCAAAAGUUAAAACAACAAGUUCGAACAACGCAAUAAAUUAAUUUAAAUUGUAUAAAUAUUUUAUUUUGUACACACAAAAAAAAAAAAAAAAAAUAUAUAGAUCACUUAUACAUAAUGAUUACAUGAAUGUAAUUUCAUUUAUUUUGUUCAUUAAUUUACAUAGAUUACAUAUUAUUAUCUACUGUAUAUCUAUAUUACAUAAACAAAUGAAUACAUGCAUGUGUCUUAUACAUAUCUAUUAUUAUUCGGAUCUUAAUGCAAUUUUAAACUCUUGACUUUUAAACAAGAAGAUUGUUCUCCAUUUAAUACAAAAUUUUGAUAAUCCGAGAUUUAAAAAUUAAUGUUAUUAACAAUAAUGUGUGCAAUAAAUGAUACAAGAUAAAUAUAGGAAAAUACAGAGGUCAACAAACCUUACAAAAUAUUGUUACCUCAACAAGAUAAAUAAUAUUUUGUAAUCUACAUAUUAUUCUUUAAGAAAACUACAUGGACCUAAAACAUACAAAAAAUAAAAAAAUUGAAUGAAAGGCAAUACUUUCUGAUAUAAUUUAUAUUAAGCAUUAAACGAAUAAUUUGUAAACAAAACUGAAUUUUUAAAAUAAAAUUAUCUUCGAGAUUUUACCUUUUCAUUAGAUCUAGUAUAAUCUCAGAUGAGUAUUUCAAGAUAUAUAUUGAGAAAAAAAACUAAAAGAUUUUAAAUGGGAAAACAUAUAUCCACACCUACAGUAAAAUAUUCAAAAUAUUUGAUGUAUUGUCUCAAAAAUAUUUAAUUUAUAAUACCUACUUAUCAGUUUUAUUAUUGUUUAAAUUUAAAAAUCAUAUUGUUUUUUACUAAGGUUAAGUGUUAUUAUGCAUAUUUAUUUACUGUUCUAAAAAACAAAAAAAGUAAAUUAUGCAGUUAAAUUAAUAUUACUAAAAUUAUGAAAAUAAAACAAUAAAGAUUAUAAGUCUUCAGAAUCAGGAUAAUAAAGAAACAUUACAGUUAAAAAACCAUUAGUUUAUCAAUCUUGCCUGUUUUAAUGCGACAAAAUCGAUAAUUUUCAAUUAGUUACAAAUAAAGUAAAUUAAUACUACAUAAUUCAAUUUUAUAUUUUAUGCAUGUUAUAGAUUAUUACAAAGUAUAAAUGUAAAUUAAUAAUAAAUGGUAGAAAAUGUUCAGUCUUAAUAUUUUUAACUAAACUUCUAGAUCAAUAAUUAUAUAAUUUAUGAAGUGGUAUUGUUAUUGCUAUCAUUAUCAACUAUAUCAUUUUCAUCAUCUGAAGCAGUCAAAUCAAUAUCUGAAAAAAAAAUAAUAAUAAUAAUAACAAAUAAAUUAUUAAAU